AGGGAACAUCGAAAGCGAGAUCAGCGCUCAAUUAUGCAUUGGGAUGUCGACGUUACAAGUGGGCGAAAAUGAACAGAGUAAACAAAUAGAAAAAUUAGCCAAUUCAAAAUGGAAAUGGCCCAAUUCAAAAUUAAAAAGACGCCUAAGAAGAUGUGCAAUUAUGCAUAAAAGAAUCCAUGGGUAUAUACUGAGGAAGAAAGUUUCUAAGCGUAAGACUAAAAGCGAAAAUUCCGGUGCCGGGGAUCCUCUAUCCGGAUUUCCGUGGAAAGAGACGGUAGACCAAGAAACUCCGGUUUAUAGAACAAUGUCCGACACAAACGAAUCUCAGAUUUUCUGCUCGAACUUACCAUUUGUCUGCCAGUCCGACCCGGAAGGAUCAACAGUAGUAGAAUGCAAUUAUUCUUUGGAAGAAAUAACGAACCCCCUGCCCUCUUGUUUGGACACAUCUCCUCUGAGGUCCGGAAAAGCAAUUCUCUUUGAUGUGCCAAGCACAGGUGCUAAUUCUUCCUUAAGUAGCGCCAAAGAUAGUCAGCUACCUUGGAGGACACCCUCCGGUAGCGUUUCCUGUACAGACGAUGGAAGCUAUAAGCAUGGAAUGCGACAGAGACCUUCCUGCCACUCUUUAAUUUUAUCCGAGGCUGAAAGCCGUCACUCAGAACACUAUAUUACUACAAAUUCCGUUUUGGAAGUUCAUAGCACACAUUUCACCUGGCCUUUAAGCUCCGAAUUAAACGAUUUAUCCUUAGCAGAGACCGAUGCUGAAUGUGACGCCGCCACAAUUAGACGAAUUCACUGUUGGUUAGAAGGCGCAAAAAAUCCAGAUCCUGUUCCAGAUUGCCUAGAAUACUGCGAGACUGCUAGUGUAUAAGCAUCUUAAUAUCUACUUUAUAUUUUUAAAAAGCUAACACAAACAUAAUAUCAAUUUCAGAAUAUGAGUGUACAUAACGAAAAGUAAUCUUUUUUAUUAUAUUUUUUGUUUUCUCAUAUAUUUCAUAGGUAAAUUUCAAACUAUUAUAUUAAACUAUAUAGAAAUUUUAGGGAAAAAAACAAAAAGUAACAAACUUUUCAUAUUUUUUGUCUUUUAAUCAAAUAUGAUAAUUUAAAGUAUUUUUUUUCUAAUAAAUGUUAUACGACAACAAAAAUACCUAAGAAAAGUUAUAAAAUCUAUCGGCUCUCUAUCUCUUUCUCUCUAUUUAUUCUUAUUAUUAAUUCUGCCGUUGUUUAUACCGUUUGUAACCUGAUGAAAUAAGAAUAACCAAUAGGAAUUAUGAUUAUUUCUUUUGAAUAGGCAAUUUCUAUUACAAAAUUAGGUUAGUUAAUACUUUACUUACCGAAUUAUCUUUCAAUCCAAAGUACGAUUUUAGGUAGUAGUUUAAAAAUAGAAUAAACAGUACACUAACGUCUGCAACGUAUAGAAUAUAUACACUUUUCGGAAGUUGACAUCCUCUCAUGUAUGCCAAUGCAUUUGAGCCAAUUAUUAACCAAAAUUGAGUC